ACUGAUCGUAGAAAAAGGCAGAUCAGUCAUCUGUUUCACCGCUUAACAAUGAGGUCGUUUUUGCUUGUGAUGAUGCUGUUGCUUGAAACAAGUUGGGCACAACUUAUUUACAGGAACUAUAGCUCUGAAUACCGAGAAUGGCUUAGAGAACAACAUAAACUGAUAAAUAGUGGAAAGGCAGGAGGUCCUUUCGAAAGUACUGGUCAACAAGGAGGAUUAAUUUCUGGAGUGGCUAAUUAUGGCAAGUACGGGCCCGCAACUGGAGGCCAACUUGCUACCAAUCAAGAAGCAGGACUAGUUUCCGGCGGAAGCAGUGGAGGAACCUUUGGCCAAACUGGUAGCUCAUUUACCAGCGGUGGACUUAUUUCUGGUGCCAAUAGCGGAGGUCCUUUUAACAGCAACCAAGGAACAUUUGGCAGUAAUACUGGAGGUCCAGUUGCCAACCGCAAUCAACAUGAAGGACUGAUUUCUGGAGGAAACAUUGGAGGCCCCAUUGGGAGCAAAGAACUGACAAACAAUCACACUGAAGGCGGUCUAAUCGAAGGGGGUAAGACAGGUGGUCCUCUGGCCCAACAUCAAGGAGGAUUAGUUUCUGGAGGCAUCAGACAAAAUGAAAGUGGUUUUGGUCGGAGGCAGUAAGAAACCAGUGAAACAGAAGUAACUAAAAUAAAAUAAAAUUAAUAAGUCGCUCCAGUCAUAACGUUUAAUAUAACGUCAUCCACUUGUGUGUUAUCAAUAAAAUUUCAAUAAUGCUUAAA